UCGAAUAGACUACCGGAAGAAAUAAUUGGAAAUUUAUAUUCAAACAAAACCAUCGUAUAUUUUAUUCGAUAGUUCGAUAGUUGAAAGUAUUCAGUCAUGCAAAGUAUCAUUCAAGAUAUUUAUUGUUUCAUUAAGUUGUGUUAAUCCGCAUAAUAUAGUGAAUAGUUAGUAAUCAAAUUUAUGAUAAGAGUUUGACAUUCAGUAGUUCGGAGUCGAUUGUUCGAUAAAUAAAAACUAUCAAAAGACAUUUGCUUUCAAAGAUCAAUCAGUGUUGUUUAGGGGGUCGUACUCCCAUCCUAAAUGAUUAAAUGUUUUUUAUUAAUUCGAUUUUUCUUAUAUAGCCAUGCUGAGUAAAAUAUGUUGGUGAGCAAAAUUUGUAUUCUUGUUAUUGUCGAUAGAUUUUGAAAACAAUUAGAUGAAUCGAUAGUUUUAAACUAUCGAAUAGUUCGAUAGUAUGCAUUGGUAAGUGACCAUCACUACCUAUUAGUUAAACUCUAACCAAUAAAUAGUGUACCAAAGAUUAAAUAUAAAUUGCAACUGUUAGAAAUUAUUUGCAAAUGUUAAAGUUUUGCAUGCUUUUAGCAUGUUUUUGUAAAAUAACUUAUUAGUUUGAGAUUGACUCUUUUGAAUAUUUUCAACAAUUGACGUUGAUUUGAAAAUUCUUAUACUUGUGUGUAAUACACCAUUUAUUAGAGCGACGAAUUAAAAUUUGCAUUUUGCAUAAAUUAAUCAACACAAUAACAGUUUUGGUCACUGAAUAAAUCAUCUCAGAUUUUGGUUGUAUUAUUUUUUGUGUACAUUAAUAUAAACUCAAAAGUAUAGUUCAUUAAGAUGUUUAGUGUGGGAGAUAACAAUAAUGGAAACAGAGGGUUAGGUGGUUUUUCAUCAGUACCAUCACCAUACUUAAAUUUUGAUCCUAAACUAUUGCCUCAAAGUUCUCAGCCAGAAUAUAUUUAUUUAGAAGGAGCUGGUGCUAAUCAGCGUGGUCGAUUUGAAUUAUCUUUCAAUCAAAUUGGUACAUCAGUUUUAGUUGGUGCAACCAUAGGUAGUAUGCGAGGUGUUUACAAUGGAAUUAAAAUGACGUCUAUGGAAAAUCAAACUAGUACUUAUAAUCGAACUCAGAUAUUAAAUAGUGUUUUCAAAAAUGGAGCCAGAUUAGCCAAUACAUUUGGAACUUUAUCUGUUUAUUAUAGUAUAUGUGGUAUUAUAUUAGAAAAGACUAGAGGAUGUGAAGAUGAGGUAAAUACUAUUGUUGCUGGUACCAGUACUGGAAUGUUAUACAAAAGCACAGGUGGUCUUAGACGAUGCGCAUUUGGUGGUUUAAUUGGAUUUACUUUAGCAACUGCUUUUAGUUUAAUAAAUUCUCGAGACAAAAUUGUUGAGAUUGGAAAAAAUAUCUUGCAUUUGUAAAUUCCUAUACCAAAUACAAAAAACAAAUUUGUUAUGUAAUUUAAUAUUUUUAAUAUUGGUUGAUUUCUAGUGAUUGUAUUAUGUUAGUUCUCUAAUAAACACAUUUGUAAAAUA